AUGAGCGACCUUCGACAUGGGUUAUUAAAUGACCAAUCACAGCUGAAUCUUCUUCAGUCGCACUAUUAUUCUCACUAUGAUCUGAAACGUAAUACCAUGAGUGCCAAUCCGUCUUCUGAGGACGAGAGUUACAAGAUUCCGGAUUGGAAGUCUCAGUCUAACAAGAGGAAAACCACGACGGCAGCUCUUGUUCUAUGUUUAAAUUUGGGUAUUCCUCCUCCAGAUAUUCAAAAACCGAGCGAUUGUCCAGUGUUGGAGUCGUUUGUCGAUCCUACAACCUAUUCAGACUCCAAAAAAGCUUUACAGGCAAUUGGUAAGAAUCUACAAGUUAACUACGAAUCUUGCGAGGGAGUCAGCUCGCGGAUCAAGUACAAGCAAUCGUUGGACCCAUCGGUAGAGGACUUGAAGCGACUUUGCACGACGUUGCGAAGAAGUUCAAAAGACGAGCGCAUUUUGUUCCAUUAUAAUGGACAUGGUGUUCCUCAGCCAACACAGAGCGGUGAAAUCUGGGUUUUCAACAGAGGUUACACCCAAUAUAUUCCUGUCAGCUUGUAUGAUUUGCAAAGUUGGCUUGGAGCUCCGUGUAUUUUUGUUAUAGACACUUGUGGAGCCGGCAAUGUGAUUGAAAAUAAUAAGAAGUUCAUACAAAAGCGCAUAGAAGACGAGGCUAAUCAACGUGCGGAAUCAAAUGCGCCUUCUCCUGUCAGCGCGUACUUAGAAUCCAUCCAGCUUGGUGCUUGUCGGUCCGACGAGAUUCUCCCGCUGAAUCCAGACCUUCCGGCAGAUUUGUUCACUUGCUGUUUGACCAGUCCGAUCGAGAUGAGUGUUAAAUGGUUUGUGCUUUCGUCGCCGUUGAGCAGACAUGGAUACUACGAGGUGUUGAAAAACAAGGAAGGAGAAAUCAUUAUCCCUGGAAAACUCACAGAUAGAAGAACACCAUUGGGCGAACUGAACUGGAUCUUCACUGCAAUCACAGAUACUAUAGCAUGGACUUCUCUUUCGAGACCAUUAUUCAAAAGGCUUUUCCGCCAGGACUUGAUGGUCGCUGUAUUGUUCCGCAAUUUCCUGCUGGCCAAGAAAAUUAUGCCUCUGGUUGGAUGCCAUCCAAUCUCAGAUCCACCGUUGCCGGACAUCAACAAUCACCCAAUGUGGGAAUCCUGGGAGCUGGCGAUCGACGAACUGUUGUCUCAACUGGUGAAGAACAAGGAGAACGAUAAAAAUUCACACCCAGAACAGUUGGACAUACCCCAGCUACAAGUUCCUGAAACUCAAACACAGCAAAAUGGAGCUCCUCCAAACUCAUCCAUCAUGAACUAUCAGCAUUCUUCAUUUUUUGAACAGCAUCUUACUGCUUUUGAGAUUUGGUUGCAAUACGGGUCAUCCACCAAAGAACCACCUCAGCAAUUACCAGUGGUGUUGCAAGUGCUGUUGUCCCAAGCACAUCGUCUUAGAGCUCUGAUUUUGCUAUCUAAGUUCCUAGACCUUGGACCAUGGGCAGUGUAUCUUGCUCUAAGCAUUGGUAUCUUCCCAUACAUCGUUAGGCUAUUGCAAAGUCCGGCACCAGAACUAAAGCCAGUGCUGACUUUCAUCUGGGCCAGAAUCAUGUCUGUCGAUUACAAGAACACUCAGCAGGAACUCUGCAAAGAUAGAGGCUACAACUAUUUCGUCUCCAUUUUGACCAUGCAAACGAGACCACAUUUUGGCGAGUUAUCCAACGGCAACGGCCAGAUGGAGGUGAACGAUUCUAAUUACGAUGAACAAAAGGCCAUGAGCGCAUUUAUUCUUGCAAUGUUUGUGAGAGACUAUGAGCCUGGCCAAAAACUAUGUUUCUCCAUUGAUUUGGUCAAGACAUGCAUUUUUUACGUUGAGACGUCAGAAAGUCCUUUGCUCCGUCAAUGGAGUGCUCUUCUAAUUUGCGAGCUUUUGAAGAACAACAUGGAAGUGAUCAUUGUGUUCUUGAGAAGCGGUUUCACUGACAAAUUAUUGCAGAUUAUCAAUGAUCCUAUCCCUGAAAUUCGGGCCUCGAUUAUCAACUGUUUCUAUAACUUUAUUUUGUUAGACCAUGAUGAAGAUCUUGACCAGAAUCCAAUGCGAGAUGACCUCAACAAACAGGAGAUCAAGAUCGCGAUUGACAUUUUGGAUUUGAUCAACGACGGAUCACCAUUAAUCCGCAGAGAAGUGACAUGUUUCUUUAGCAGAUUUGUGUUGAAGUAUCUCCAGUUUUUUCUGGUUAGUGCUUUUGGCCAAUUGGAAGAGGAGAUCACAUUGGUGGAUAAUCCAAGCAUGAUCGACGAAGUCCGACGCAAGUCGCCUGCUUAUGGUUCGGUGUUCUCUUCUGUUUGGAAGGCUCUGCUGAUUCUAAGUGAGGAUCCCCAGGAUGAGGUGAAGGACUAUGCUGAGCAAGUUGUUGACUACAUCCUCUGGAAACUGAAUGAGAGCGCCCUCGGUGAGGUGGUUGGCAAGAUGGAGGAUUACUUGCUACAGAAAAGAACAACAAGCAGCAACAUAUUCUCGUCAGAGCCUCCUCUUCGUCCGUUGUCCACAAACGGCAUGGGUCCAAAGCUUUGGAACAGCAACGGUACAGCCAACGGCAGAAGAGUCCAAUCUUUGGAUGUGAACAACACCCGCAAGUCGGCACCAUCUCAAACUACUCGACAGACCUCAACGUCUUCAACCCAGUCGCUCUCCGACAAGUUUUUCUCCAAGUUGAGUUUAAAUCAUAUUCUUAAAAAUCUGGGCAUUCCAGAGUCAGAGGAAACGGACACUUCCAGCAUCCAUAAAUUCAAUUUGUUGCUUCAACAGCCAGCAUCACUUGCAUACGGAGUCGAGCCUCGGCCAACUUCACCGCGGUUCCAUCCUCGUCCAAAAACAAAUAGCUGGCCUGUUCUGCCUUUGACUAGUGGAUUCUUCCAAUACAGUUGCGAGUAUUUCCAGGAGCCACAGAUCGGAAGCAGCGAAUCUGAUGAGCCAGGAAGUGAAGACUACACGAAAGGUAUCUGGCGUCGGAAUAGAAACGAAGCUAUCAUUGCGGAAACACAACCACAGAAAGAGCUCUCAUUGACUGGUAACUGGAAAAAUCUGGUUACUACAUUGGACAACAAAACCCAACCUAAACUACUGAAAUUUGCACAGUUUGAGAACUGGUUAAUCACUGGAGAUGAAAAGGAUAAUGUGACCGUCUUCGACUGGGAAAAGGAAACGCAACUGUCGCGGUUCUGUAAUGGCAAUCCGUUUGGAACUAAAAUCACAGACCUCAAGCUACUGAAUGAGGACGACAUCCCAUUGCUUCUCACUGGAUCUAGUGACGGUGUGGUCAAGAUCUACAAGAAUUUCCAGGACCCUAGCUCGUUCCAGAUGAUUACCGGUUGGAGAGCGCUUACAGAUACGCUUUUAACUCCCCGUUCGAUCGGAUUGAUCUCAGAAUGGCAGCAGAGUCGAGGAUCGUUGCUGGUGACAGGAGAUGUCAAGAUCAUCAAGAUCUGGGAUGCGCCAAGAGAGAAGUGUGUGAGCGAUGUUCCAAUGCGCUCUACGUCGCUGAUCACGUCGCUCACGUCUGAUCAGGUGGCAGGAGAUAUCUUCGUGGGAGGUUUCCAAGACGGCAGCAUGAGAGUUUACGAUAGAAGACUGGAUGCGCGCGACUCUAUGGUGAAACUCUGGAAACCAAAAGAUAUGCAGAGCCGCAGCUUGAUCAAGAACGUGCACAUGCAACGUGGAGGGUUAAGAGAACUAGUGUCUGGAUGCUCCAACGGAUUGGUGCAACUAUGGGAUAUUCGACUCAAUGAUCCAAUUGUUCGGUUCAAGGCGUUUGACAAAACCAUGACGACGGCCAUGAUCCACGAGCAUGCUCCGUUCAUAGCGUGUGCUUCCAAAGAGGUUGACAUUUACUCCACAACGGGUAAUUUGGUGGCUAAUAUCUCCAACAAUAGAUUCAUGAACACACUCAACGGAACGGCCCGCACAAACUUCUAUGUGAACGCAUUGAUGCUGCAUCCGCAUCGUCUCAUGACUGCAGCCAACUACCACCAAAGCUCUGUUGUGAAUAUCUACCAGUGUGAAGAGCAAUCCGAACACUAG